AUGGCGUCAAAAGAUGAAGAUAUACAAAUGGAAAUUGGACAGAAGCCUGGAAGUUCAGCUUCUGUAAAGCCUCAAGAGCCAAAAACCAAAAAAAGACGGAAGAAGGUUGUGAUUGCGUGUGUUUAUUGUCGUCGUUCUCAUAUGAUUUGUGAUGAUAACCGUCCUUGCUCCAGAUGUAUAAAGAGAAAUAUUGGCCAUUUAUGUCAUGAUGAACCUAUAAGUCAAAGGCAGAAAAAGAAGAUCCAAAAUUCGAAAGAGGGAAGCUUGGAACCAAAGACUGAUAGUUCACAAACGCCACCAAUUCAAACAGCUCCAACUAUUCAAGCUAGUGCUCAAGCUAGUAGUUCUUCUGAUCUACACCAUCACCAUCAUCUUGAACAACAACAACAACCUUCUCAGAUUCAACCACAAGUUGAAAUUCAGUCAGUUCCACAACACCUCCAGCAGCAACUCUACGUAUCUGGAGAAUCCCAAAAGAAACCAGAAAGACCAAUUGACCCCUUGAAUCAAAAUCCAUAUAAUCAACAACCGUUCUUCUUUUCUGAACAUGCAGGUUCCGAGUUCAGUUCAUUAAAUGAAUUUUUAUCAAUGUUGGAUGAUCCUGAUUUGAUUGGUGCUGAUAAUUUCAAUCUAAACAGCAAUAGUGGCGGUAAUACUGGUGCUGGUAAUACGUCUUUAUUCAACACCCCCUCAUUAAACAAUCAAAUCACAACAUCACAUUCGUUGACAAAUUUAUCAUUAACUAACUUAUCAAUGCUGAACUCACCAAUUACCGGUACUACACCAACGGGGAAUAAUAAUGGACAAAUCCCAUUGAUUGCAUACCAACAGCAUUCAUCAGUUGCUUCAAAUCAUCAACAAGUUUCGGAUUCUGCAAGAGAUAAAUUCUUUUUAACAGCUGCUGAUCCAUCAACUGAGAUAUCACCGGAGGAAAGAUUGAAACAAGUCAUUAAUGCGAAAUUGGAAGCUGGUUUAUUACAGCCUUACAACUAUGCCAAAGGUUAUGCAAGGUUACAAAGUUAUAUGGAUAAUUAUAUGAAUCAAUCUUCAAAGCAAAGGAUUUUGAAACCAUUGAGUAUAUUUCGUCCAGCUUUCAGAGCCAUUGCAAGAACUUUGAAAGAUGUUGAUUUGAUUCUUGUGGAGGAAAAUUUUGAAAGAAUGUUGUUGGAUUAUGAUCGUGUUUUCACAAGUAUGGCUAUUCCUGCAUGUCUAUGGAGAAGAACAGGUGAGAUUUAUAGAGGUAAUAAAGAAUUCGCGAGUUUAGUUGAAGUGAAUGCUGAUGAUUUGCGUGAUGGGAAAUUGGCGAUCUAUGAAUUGAUGAGUGAAGAGAGUGCUGUUAAUUUUUGGGAAAAAUAUGGUGCAAUUGCAUUUGAUAAAGGUCAAAAAGCUGUUUUAACUAGUUGUAAUUUAAGAACAAGAGAUGGGAGACGGAGAAAGACUUGUUGUUUUAGUUUUACUAUCAGAAGGGAUAGAUAUAAUAUUCCUAGUUGUAUUGUUGGUAAUUUUAUUCCAAUAAGUCCAUAA